UGAAUGAAUGAGAGCGGCUUCAGGACAGCAAUCCUCCCGGGACAGUCGCAUCCUCGCUCUCCUGCACGGAUAUUACAACCUCUGUUUCUACCGUCCGCGCAAAGCAUGGAAGUACGAGUCCCCUCGAUCUCCCUCUGACACGAUGACACUCUACAAAGCGGAUUUGGUUGAGGAAUGCCGCUCCGCGAAGCGCUCGGAAUGGGACGCGCCCGCUGUCAUUCGCGCGUUUGGCUACCAGCUGGUCAAAGUGAAGCGAAUAAAGUCCUGAAGAGAAUGGCCGUCUACAGAGCGUCCUCAAAGGGAUGGCAACUUUUAGCAACGCGCCCCUGGACCUCCGGAGACUCUUGCAAAAACUAGUCAUCAUGUUUUCCUUCAGCAUCAUCUGCGUCUCGAUCCUCUACUUUCUGCUGGGAUGCUGCGAGCCGGACUUGGUGGACAGUUCGCAGAACUCACCGCUGGGAUGGUACAAUAAGACCGUGCUGAGAGAGAUAUUGACGGCGCCUGACUAUGUGGCGGAUGAUGGCGUGGAUGGAAACAGCUCAGGGAAGGACUGGACCGCGAGCCGGCGCCUCCCAGACGCGCUCAUCAUCGGAGUGAAGAAGGGAGGCACGCGUGCGCUCCUGGAGUUCCUGAGGCUUCAUCCGGACGUCCGCGCGCUCGGCUCCGAACCGCACUUCUUUGACAGGCACUACAUGCGCGGACUCGGCUGGUACAGGAGCAUGAUGCCUAAAGCCCUCAACGGGCAAAUUGUAAUGGAGAAAACGCCCAGAUACUUCGUCUCCCCAGAGACGCCGGGCCGCAUCCACGCCAUGUCACGCGACAUCAAGCUGAUCGUGGUGGUGCGGGACCCCAUCACCCGCGCCAUUUCAGACUACACCCAGAUCAUCUCCAAGACGCCCGACAUCCCCAGCUUCGCGAGCCUGACGUUCAAGAACCGAUCUAUGGGACAGAUAGACUCUCUCUGGAGCCCGCUGUACAUCGGCCUGUACGCCAGACACCUGGAGCGAUGGCUGGCCUACUUUCCGCUCUCGCAGAUCCACUUUGUCCAUGGUGAGAGGCUGAUAAGCGACCCGGCGGGCGAGUUGGGCCGAGUGCAGGACUUCCUCGGCCUGCAGAGGAUCAUCACAGAUAAACACUUCUACUUCAACAAGACCAAGGGCUUCCCUUGCCUCAAAAAGCCAGAAGGCAGUAGCAAACCCCACUGUCUGGGCAAAACCAAAGGCAGAACGCAUCCUAAAAUCGACCCGGAGGUCAUUCAGAAACUGAGGGAAUUCUACCAGCCUCACAACCUCAAGUUCUAUCAAAUGGCAGGCAUGGACUUUGGAUGGCAAUGACCUUUUCUGACCAUUAACACGUAAUGGCUCCAUACUGCGGUUGAUUUCUUGAGCAUGAGGCUUAAGAUUAAACUCAUAAUGUCGGUCUAAAAUGUGAUAUCCUAGGAUGGCCGAUGGCUCCGUAGCUGUUCAAAUCAAUGCGUCUGCCAGAUAAAUAGAGGUCUGCACACUUCAGGUUACAGUAGUCUUUUCAUACCGUCGGUGUGACUCAGCUUGAGGGAACUGAUAGAAAUGACCUUAAAUCAUCCGUUUAAGUAGCACUUUUCUGCUCUUGCCAUUUUGAUGUCUUUUUUUACGUUGCUUAGUCAAGCUUCAAUCAUGUCUGUUCGAUCCUUCGUAUCAGAAAGAGUCUGGAUUUGAAAUAAACUGUGUAGCAUAGACAUAUUUGUCAUCGUUGCAGUAUUUACACAGAACAGAAAGAGACAUUGUAGCGCCUCCGUGUGGGCUGGUCUACAAUCACAUUCUACAUCCAGUGGCUCAAAUUGGUUUAGAUUGUCUGCUGUAAUUGGUUCAAAUGUAGACAAUAUGCAGAUGAGGCCGGUCCUUUUGAAUUUCCCCUCUGCAUGCAUGAAUUUGCACUAGUCUGAAAUGCAGCCCACUAGAAAGCCAAUAAAUUAUUUUAAGUUCCUGUGUAGUUGCUUUUGCUCUGUUUAA